CUUGUGGUUAGAAGCAUAGCUCUUUGUUAGUUUGAGGUGUCAACGUCAUUGAUUUUCUUGACUUCCUCUCUACAGCCCUUUAUGAAAAUACAGAACAGAAAGGGGUUUCAAACUAACUUCUGCUUACAAGUUCAGUGGACGAACAAGAACUAUCUACAUCGUCAUUAUUCAUGCUGUUAAUCUGUGAAGGACGAUGGCAUCUAUUGAAGAGCUGCUUCUGAACUCACUGAUGGACCUGAUAGAACCUGAACUGAGUCAGUUUCAGUGGCACUUAAAGAAACAUGAGCGUAUAUCAAAUUCUGAAAUGGAGAAUGCAGAUAGGUUAAAAACGGUUGAUAAGAUGGUUGCAAGUUUUGGACCAGAAGAAGCUGUGAAGACCACGUUGGAGAUCCUGAGGAAGAUGAACCACAAUAAUCUGGCUGAGCAGCUGGAGAACAAUCACAAGCAAGGCUCAACUGCAGACGACAGUCAAGUUAUUCUUCAUGAUUACACAGAGACCAGCCUCAAACUGAAGAAAAAAUUAAAACAAGACUACAACCGGAUACUGAUUGGUAAUUCAGAGACGGGUCAUCGGAAAUGCCUGAACGAUAUCUACACUGAUUUAUAUGUGGUGGAGAAUGAGACUGGAGGAAGAGUAAACGACCAUGAGAUCGAAUCAAAUCAGAACAGACUGACUGCCAAGGAGAAGCCAAUCAAGUGUAAUGACAUGUUUAAAGUCCAGUCCACAGGUCAACAAAACAGAAAAGUGCUGACAAUGGGGAUCGCAGGAGUAGGAAAAACUGUCUCUGUCAAUAAAUUCAUCUUUGACUGGGCUGAAGGAAAAGAAAAUCAGGAUAUAGUCUUCAUAUUUCCACUUCCAUUCCGUAGAUUGAAUUUGAUUAAAGAAGAGUACAGUCUCAUGGGAAUGCUUAACAAAUACUUUUUUAGUAGUCCUGAAGAACUGCCCUCUCUUCCUGAAGGUGAUGGUAAAGUUAUGUUCAUCUUUGAUGGGCUGGAUGAAUGUCGCUUUCCUUUGAACUUCAAAGAAGAUGACAUAUUUACAAAUGUAAAUGAAAAAACAACAGUGAGUAAGAUAAUAAUAAACCUUAUGAAGACACAUCUGGUUCCCUCUGCUCUCAUCUGGAUCACAUCCAGACCAGCAGCAGCCAGUCUGAUACCCCGAGACUACACUGAUCAAGUGACAGAGGUGCGUGGAUUUAACAAUGAACAGAAAGAGCAAUACUUCAUCAAAAACAGUCCUAAGGUUUCUGAAAACAUUAUCCGUCACAUCAGGAAAUUCAGGAGCCUGUACAUCAUGUGUCAUAUCCCUGUAUUCUGCUGGAUCUCUCUUACUGUUCUUCAGCCUCUACUGGCUCGAGAGAGCAAUGACAAAACACCCACAACACUCACAGGGAUGUACACAAGUUUCUUAAUUUCUCAGCAGCAACAGAUGGAAAAAAAAUACUGUGAUGGCCCUGAACCUGAAGCCAAUGCAAGGUCUUUUGAUGAGAUUAUUCUGAAGCUUGGGAAACUGGCCUUUAAACAGUUGGAGAAAGGAAACCUGAUUUUCUACAAAAAAGAUCUUGAGGAAUGUGGAUUGGAUGUCAACGAAGGGUCAGUGUACUCAGGGCUUUGCACCCAGAUGUUUCAGGAGGAAAAGGUUUCAGCAAGAAAAGUUUACAGCUUCAUACAUCUCAGCAUACAGGAAUUCCUUGCUGCUCUUUAUGUGUUUUUGACAGGAACGUACAAAAACCCAUUUCUUGAAACCUGGGAAAAACUGACAUGGAAUUUAUCCAAAAAGCCACUGUUUAUGCUUCAUAAGGCUGCAGUCAAGAAGGCUUUGCAAAGCGAGAACGGACACCUGGACCUUUUCCUCCGGUUCCUCCUGGGUCUCUCAUUGGAGUCCAAUCAGAAUGACCUAAAGGAACUACUGCCAAAACUGAAACUGAAAACAGAGAACAUGAAAAUCACUGCUGACUAUAUCAAAAAGAAAAUAGAGAAGGAGAAAUCGGUAGAGAGGACCAUUAAUCUCUUCCACUGUCUGAGUGAACUGAAUGAUGACUUUAUAGAGGAAAUCCAGAAGAAUUUGAGCUCAGGAAAUUUUUCAGCACAGAAUCUCUCCUCUGCUCAGUGGUCGGGUCUGGUGUUUCUGCUCCUCAUGUCAGAAGAGACUCAAGAAAAGUUUGAAAUGCAGAAAUACAGAAGAUCUGAUGAAUCACUGAUGAGACUGCUGCCAGUCAUCAAAAACACCAGAAGAGCACUGCUACAGUGUUGUAAUCUCACUGCUCAGUCCUGUGAACUUUUGUCUUCAACUCUACAAUCAUCAAACUCUGUCCUAAGAGAGCUGGACCUGAGUAACAAUGACCUCCAGGAUUCUGGAGUGAAGAUUUUUUCUAAAACACUAAGGAGUCCAAACUGUCAGCUGGAGAUACUGAAAUUACCCACAUGUAAUCUCACUGCUCAGUGUUGUGAGAGUUUGUCUUCAGCUCUACAAUCCUCCUUCCUGAGAGAGCUGGACCUGAGUAACAAUGACCUCCAGGAUUCAGGAGUGAAGCUUCUUUCUGACGGACUGAAGGACCAUAAAAGUCCAAACUGUCAGCUGAAGAUACUGAGAUUUCCCACAUGUAAACUCACUGCUCAGUGUUGUGAGAGUUUGUCUUCAGUUCUUCAGUCCUCAAACUCCUUCCUGAGAGAGCUGGACCUGAGUAACAAUGACCUCCAAGAUUCAGGAGUGAAGCUUCUUUCUGAUGGACUGAAGAGUCUGAACUGUCAGCUGGAGAUAAUGAGAUUGUCUGGCUGUAUGGUGACAGAGGAAGGCUGUGGUUAUGUGUCUUUAGCUAUGAGUUCAAACCCCUCACACCUGAGAGAGCUGGAUCUGAGCUACAAUCACCCAGGAGAUUCAGGAGUCAAGCUGCUCACUGAUAAACUCAACCAUCCAGACUACAGACUGGAUAACCUCAAUGUGGAUCAUGGAGGAGAGAUCAGGAUUACAGCAGGACUGCGCAAAUAUUCUCAUCAGUUCACUCUGGAUCUGAACACAACACAUAAACGCCUCCAUCUGUCUAAGAAGAACAGGCAGAUCACUGACACUCUCAUAGCCUUUCGGUCGUAUCCUGAUCAUCCAGACAGAUUUGAUUGUUUUCCUCAGGUGUUGUGUAGAGAGAGUGUGUGUGGACGCUGUUACUGGGAGACUGACAUUGAGUUGAGUGAGGAUGUGGAUGUAUCAGUGUCAUAUAAGAGCAUCAGCAGGAAGGGACGGGGUAAUGAGUGUAAGUUUGGAUGUAAUGAUCAGUCCUGGAGUUUGAACUGCUCUGACUUACAUUACACAUUCAGGCACAAUAACAUAAAGACUAAAAUCCCUCUAAAGCCCAUUAGCCUUAUAUAUAAUAAAAUAGGAGUGUAUGUGGAUCACAAUGCAGGAAUUCUGUCCUUCUACAGCGUCUUCAGAGACUCAAUGAGCCUCAUCCACACAGUCCAGACCACAUUCACUCAACCGCUCUAUCCUGGGUUUAGGGUUAGUUCUGGAUCAUUAGUGAAACUGUGUUGAUGAAUCAGAAUAGACUGUAGAGAGAUUCUACCCAUAAUACUUUGAGCUGCAUGAUAAAUCAGUGACUGUCACAGGACGGAUUCACUAGAUAAUCCAAGAUAAGAGGCUAGGCGCAGAAAGACAAUGAACACUUAUAUUUAAUACAGUGGUUCCCAAACUUGGGGGCACGGCAAGGCUGAGGGAUAGUGUACAGUCAGCAGUUUAGUAUGCAAAAUAAACCUCUGCAGGGUGAUACAAGACCACACUUUUUUUUAAUUACCUUAUUUUUAAGUACUACCUAAUUUUUAAUUACCUUAUUUUGCGGCCACUUGCCAGAUAAGUAAAUAAUUGAACACAAAAUAUUUAUUUGACAUUUUAUUACCUCAAAAUGAUUUGCAGUAUCCUCUUGAGUGCUGUGUUGAUGAAUCAAUUCAGUCUUCUACACUGAUCACACAGUAAACAAUGCAGUGCUUUCAGGUAUUCUCUUUCUUUCAAAGUAUUGUCAUUGCUUCAUAACAUUAAGGUUGAACCACUGCAGUCACUUCAAUAUUUUAACAAUAUUUAGUACCUUUCUGGACCUUGAAAGUGGUGGUUAAAUUGAGUCUAUAUAGUCAUAUACCUCUCGGAUUUCAUCAAAAAUAUCUUAAUUUGUGUUCUGAAGAUGAACAAAGGUCUUAUAGGUGUGGAAAUUAUAUGGGUAAGUAAUUAAUGAGAGAAUUUUCAUUUUUGGGUGAACUAACCCUUUAACUAGUGGCCAUGAGAAAUAGAUGUUGUUCAACUUAUCACAUUCGCAUAAGUUAAUAUGAUGUUCCCACAAAUUAAUAUCUUGUGGCCAUGACAACUAAAUGAACUGAACAUGUCAACUUCCGGCCACAUUAACAAUGCUAGAAUACUACGUUUUUGUUUUUAAUGAUCUGCAUCAGUUUAAAGAUUUAAAGUUGUAUGUGAAAGUAUUGCAUGUGUGUGGAAAUCUUUCUUCAAAUGUAUAUGAAUA